UUUGGUUAUUACGGAAAUACACAUUCAUGCCUGGGAUCGAUCCCACAUCAUUGCUUACGCGCUGUAUCCCACACACCCACCCGUUUGCCAUCGACUAAAGUUGAAGUUGAACUGGGGCUGUCAAAAUGUCUGUUAGCUUUUUAAAACAUAAGGAUGCUUUGGUGAAAGCUUGGACGGAUGUGUCCAAUGAAAAUUCCCCAACAGACUGGGCAGUGUUUGGAUACGAUGGGAAAAGUUUUGAGUUGAAAGUGGUGGACACAGGCGAGGAUGGGCUGGAGGAGAUGGCGGAUUCAUUGAGCGGCAGCAAGAUCAUGUAUGCUUACUGCCGUGUGGUGGACCCAAACACCAGCCUGCCCAAAUUUGUCCUCAUUAACUGGCAAGGAGAAGGGGCUCCAACCUCAGUGAAGGGAACGUGCGCCAGACAUACACCUGAUGUGGCUAAGCAGUUCAGGGGGGCCCAUGUGACCAUCAAUGCUCGCACAGAAGACGACGUGGAUCCUGAAGACAUUCUGAAGAAAGUGGCCAAAGCCUCGGGUUCCAACUACAGCUUCCACAAGGAGAAGGCUGCCCCCGAACCAGAGAUCGGCCCAGUUGCCUCGGUCUACAAGAGAACCAAUGCGGCGGCUGAGAUCAAGUCUAAAAGGAGUGACAAGUUCUGGUCCGAGUCAGAGCAAGCCGAGAAGCAGAGACAAGCUGAAGAGAAGACAAGAAAAGCUGCUGAGACCCAGAAGUUGGAGAAAGAGAGGCGAGAAAGAGAGGAGCACGAGGCCCAAGGAAGAGAACAGAAAUUGGCCGAGAAGAUGAGGACAGUUGACCAACAGAAGGCCCAGGAAAAGCGAGCUCUUGAACAGUCGAGACAGGAGGAGCAGGCUAGAUGGGAGAGUAAGCAGAAACAGAUGGAGGCCUCAACCUCCCCAACAAGACGGCCAGGCAGUGACCGUACCAAGGAGGCAGCAGAAAUGGUAGCGCAGCGUGGAGAAAACCCUCGGGCUGCUUUUGAGCAGAGGCCGUCAUACGAGCCUCCGCCACCCGCUGCCCGUCCAACAAAAGCCCCGGCACGCCUACCACCCAAGCAGCCGGAACCUGAGCCAGAACCCGAGUAUGAACCGGAACCAGAACCAGAGCCGGAACCAGAACCAGAACAACAGUAUGAGCCAGAACCUCAGUAUGAACCACAACCGGAACCAGAGCCAGAACCAGAACCAGAACAACAGUAUGAGCCAGAACCUCAGUAUGAACCACAACCGGAACCAGAACCGGAACCAGAACCACAACAGCAGUAUGAGCCGGAGCCAAUUUACGAACCGGAACCGGAACCGGAACCAGAACCGGAACCACUUUACGAGCAAGAGCCCCCGCCAAUGGAUAACUAUGAGGAACCAGCAGGGGAGGGAGCCACCGCACGUGCAGUUUAUGAUUACCAAGCAGCCGAUGACACUGAGAUAACCUUUGACCCAGGCGACCUCAUCACGAAUAUUGAACAACUCGACCCAGGCUGGUGGAGGGGCACGGCACCAGACGGUACCUUUGGACUCUUCCCAGCCAACUAUGUGGAGCUCAUUGACUAAAUAUUGAAAUAUUGACCACGUGCCUUGCUCUUCCUAGUAUCUGAACAUCACAGACAGCCUUAGUGCUGUUCUUUUUAAGGGGUUAAAGAAGGAGUUGCAAUCGAGUCCAUCACAAGUCCGAGUCACACUCUCACGGCAAAACAGUGUAACUUGAAUUUUGGCCUUCUUGAGAUAAAGUCACUUUUGGGGUUAUUGGGGGCGCUGUUUCCAUUUA